AUGGUUACCCUUAUGACGGUUGCAUAUUAUGAGGAAUCGAGAUCAAAUCGAAUCAAGAUCAAACUCGAACAGGAUACCGGUGGGCGAGUUCCUAAUUCUUGCAGAUUCUGGUCACCGAAUGAUCGCAAUGUGAAGCUAGUUUCGGCCUCCAACCGGCUGCCUGUAAUCACCUUCAACAGAUUGGGUCAACAGCAAAUUAUCCUGGAGUACAAAAUUGCCGAAUAG